AAGCCUCAAAACUUCAACGCUUCUGAAGUUGAGAAGUGACAGUGACCCAACGGCAGCAGCUGCCAUCCAAUUUAUUCGCCAACUUCAACCCGUUUUUUUCGACGGGAGACGUUGUUGGUCGUUUGCUGCCGACCGUCAUGCACUGUCUUCGGGCGUUGCGUUUGUCAAACGUCGUACACGUUAUUAUCAAAAGUACAGACGCAGCCAGGAACGAUUUUGUCAUUCAUUCAGCAUGUUGGAGAACAAAGUCAACAAACAGUUCCCCGCGACGACCUCCCGCACAUCUGGACAUUUUCCAUUCCAAAACGACUGUCCCCUCCAAAUCCCCCAGUUUUGGAGUGGAAAACAUGCUUUUCUACACCAUCACAGAAGGAAAAGACCAAGUGCCCAUCUCACACUUUACUGCGGCCCUGAAAAAACACGGCCUUCAUCCCUCGGACCCUCGCCUGAGGGAGUGCAUGGAGAAGUUGCGCCGGGCUGUGGGGGAAUCUGUCGGUGAGGUGAUGAUGGACCGAGACCUCUUCCACAAGUGUGUCGGUGGCAACAUCGUCCUGCUGAUCCAGGCCUUCAGAAAGAAAUUUAUCAUCCCAGAGUUUGACGUGUUUGCUGAAAAAAUAGAUGCAAUCUACAAAACUGUGCAAAACCAAAGAGAUGGGAAGGUUGCAGACUACAUCCCCCAGCUGGCCAAGUUCAGCCCAGAACUAUGGGGCGUCUCUUUGUGUACAGUUGAUGGUCAGAGGCACUCUGUAGGUGACACGAAGCAGCCAUUCUGCUUGCAGUCAUGUGUGAAGCCUCUGCAGUAUGCCAUCGCUGUCCACGAGGCCGGAACAGAGAAGAUUCACAGUUAUGUCGGCAUGGAGCCCAGCGGACUCAAGUUCAACGUGCUCUCGCUUGAUGAUGAUGAUAAGCCUCACAACCCCAUGGUGAAUGCUGGAGCAAUCGUAAUCAGCUCUCUUAUCAAGCCUCAUUCAAAUAAGGCAGAAAAGUUUGACUAUGUUAUGGAGUUUGUGAAAAAGAUGGCCGGCCAAGAAUAUGUUGGAUUCAGCAAUGCAACAUUUCAGUCAGAAAAAGAAACAGGCAACAGAAAUUUUGCCAUUGGAUACUACAUGAAAGAGAAGAAGUGUUUUCCUCCCAGAGCUGAAAUGAUCGAUGCCCUCGAUUUCUACUUUCAGCUUUGCUCCAUCGAGGUAACUUGCGAGUCAGGAAGUGUCAUGGCUGCCACUCUGGCCAAUGGAGGGAUCUGUCCAAUCACAGGCGAGCGUGUUUUGAGCGCGGAGGCCAUGCGAAACACCUUGAGCCUCAUGCACUCAUGUGGCAUGUAUGACUUCUCUGGCCAGUUGGCUUUUCAUGAACUUGUGUCACAGUUUAAUUUCCAUAAUUACGACAACCUGAGGCACUUUGUGAGGAAGCAGGAUCCCCGUAGACAGGAUGGAGAUGACAGGAACAAGUCUGUUUUCAGCUUGAUGUUUGCCGCCUACAGUGGAGAUGUGUCGGCCCUGAGAAGAUUUGCCCUUUCAUCCAUGGACAUGGAUCUAAAAGACUAUGACUGCAGAACAGCACUGCACGUAGCUGCAGCAGAGGGUCACAUAGAGGUGGUGAGAUUUCUCACAGAAACGUGCAAAGUUGAUCCUUUUGUGGAGGACAGGUGGGGGAACCUUCCAGUCGAUGAUGCCAUGCAGUUUGGACAUGAAGAGGUGGUGAAGUUGAUCAAAGAUUACCAGCAGGACUGCAAGCAGCUGGAAAAGCAGCACAGAGAGGCCAAGCAACCCCAAAAGCUGGACACCAUUGAGGGCAUGGUGUGAGGUCUUUAACGAGAGGCUUCUCUGGGAAUUUGUGCAAUUUCUUCUGAAAUUUGGAGAUGGAUUUGUAAAAUGUAACGCAUCUGUGACACAUUAAAAGAGUGCAAUAUGUAUAACAAUUGAAAUAGCAGGAAAUCAAACUUUACAUCAGGAAACAAUUUACUAUAUUUGGAUAAAAUGUACAUAGUCAUUUUGUGAAAACCACAAGCUGCCUUUCAGCAUGAUUUCAUUUUUAUAAACCCAACAGAUGUUUCUAUGUGUAAAGGGCUUUUAGUGAAUCAAAACAGUGUGUUUUACUAAUUUAUUUACUCAUUUUUGGUUUUAAGGGGUUUGGAUGGUCAUCACUGCACAAGUUUUCUUUUUAUAGAAUUAUCAUUUAUAUUUUUAACAAGCUAAAUAAAGAAGUAUUAUCUUAGGCUGUGGAAGAAAUUACGUAGGUCCACUUAUUUUGCCUGGUAAAGAUUCAUCUAAAUGUAUCGUUAAUCAGUACUGACAGACUGGCUUUUCACUCACUUGACAGACAUAAUAAAUGAAGUCUGAGAUGUAAUAAAAUAGUUUUUCCACUUCU